GGUAGUAGUAGCUAAGGCGCUCACGGUGAUAUCCCACCCGUGACCUAGGUCAAGGUCAAGUUAGAUAUCGUAAUAACGUCACCUUGGUUAAGUUAUCAAGUUGCCUCAAGUGUGAUGUCAUUUAACCCUCAUUUUGUAAUUCGACCUUUAGAGGAAGGACAAGAAUGUCAAACAUCCACCUGGGUCUCCCUUACCCUGGGGGAGUAGUUGACCAUUCAAGUAAUUUGGCCCAUGAUAUUGGUGCUUUGUAUCUCAACGACGAGUAUAGUGAUGUUACUUUGCAAGUUAAUGGCCAGACAUUUCAUGCUCACAGAGUUAUCUUGGCUGCAAGAAGUCAGUAUUUUAGGGCACUUUUGUUUGGAGGCCUAAGAGAGAGUCACCAAGCAGAGGUGGAAAUCAAAGAUACAAAUUUAACAGCAUUUAAGGUCCUUUUGAAGUAUAUUUACACUGGAUGGGUCAGCCUUAGUUCAGAAAAGGAAGAGACAGUGCUCGACAUCCUUGGCCUUGCUCAUCAGUAUGGGUUUGAGGAUUUGGAGUCGGCCAUCUGUGACUACCUGAAGGAUGCUCUUUGUAUUCCAAACAUCUGUGUUAUAUAUGACAUGGCUUCUCUCUACAAUUUGACUAACCUCAAAACUGUAUGCGAGGAUUUCAUGGAUAAGAAUGCUCUUUCUAUUCUUAGCCAUGAAUCAUUCUAUUCUCUCUCGCCGUCGGCCCUUAAAGCAAUAAUUGGACGAGAUUCCUUUUGUGCGCCUGAGGUACAUAUUUUUCAAGGCGUCAGCGAAUGGGUUGAACGGAACUCCGAACUUUCACAGGAAGAAACACAAGAAAUCCUUGCACAGAUCAGAUUACCCUUAAUUAGUCUAUCUGAUUUACUUAAUGUUGUGCGACCAACAUCGUUAAUAUCUCCUGAUCAGAUUUUGGAUGCCAUUAAAGCUAAAAAUGAAUCAAGAGAUAUGGAUCUUCAGUAUAGAGGAUAUUUAAUGCCGGGAGAAAAUGUAGCCGUACCCAGUAAAGGCGCUCAGGUCCUCCAAGGUGAGAUGCGGUCAAAUUUGUUGGAUGGAAAUACAGUAAAUUAUGACAUGGACCGAGGCUUCACCAGACAUCCAAUUGAUGAUAACAGUGGCCAAGGGAUCCUGAUUAAACUUGGAAUGCAGUGCAUAAUCAAUCACAUGAGAAUGAUGCUCUGGGAUAAGGAUCAACGAGGUUAUUCAUACUACAUCGAAGUUUCUAUGGACCAAAAAGACUGGGUUCGAGUUGUGGAUCAUACUCGGUAUCAUUGUAGGUCAUGGCAGUAUCUUUAUUUCCCUCCAAGAGUUGUUCGUUACAUUCGCAUUGUUGGAACUAAUAAUACAGUCAAUCGUGUUUUUCAUGUAGUAGCCUUUGAAGCUUAUUACUCUAAACAAGAAGUACAGCUACAUAAAGGACUUAUUGCACCUACAGAAAAUGUUGCGUUAGUCACAAAGAGUGCUUUAGUGAUAGAAGGCGUGAGUCGGGCUCGAAAUAACCUUUUGAAUGGAGAUAUUCAUCACUAUGAUUGGGACUCUGGUUAUACCUGUCACCAGCUGGGGUCAGGCUCCAUAUGUGUGCAGCUAGGACAACCAUAUUGGCUCUCGUCAUGCAAGCUGCUGUUAUGGGACUGUGAUGACCGCUCGUAUAGUUACUACAUUGAAGCUUCGGUGAAUAACCGUGACUGGGAACUCAUCGUAGAUAAGACAAGAGAAGCAUGUAGAUCCUGGCAGACUUUAACGUUCACACCCAGGGCUAUUGUAUAUUUCAAAAUUGUUGGAACGUUUAAUACUGCAAAUGAGAUUGACAUAAAGCCUUUCUUGUCUUGUCCACAGGUUUUCCAUUGUGUUCAUUUUGAAACUCCCUCACAACUAGGCUCAGAAAAUCGCCCACGAUUACGAGGAUUUGACCAUGUGGCUCCCAUAAGACCACAUCAUACUGAAACAGGAGAUGAUGAUGACAGGUCAUCACCUUCCUCUUCGGUACUUGGAACUGUUAAUGUUGUUCAAGAUAGGCGGCCGUCAAAUGCUGCAAGGCCUGAACCAGUGCAAGUAGAAGGAGCUGUAGGUGGCGUAAGGGGAGAAGCACCAGCUGUCCCUUUAGAAGGGGCAGUUGCUGUUGUUGAAGCUGCACCUGCAAACGCUCAUCGUCCCGCUCUUCCCCAAGAUGGCUGUGCGUUUGUCAAGGCAAGAUAUGAUGAUGAAAGUUCCAGUAAGUAAUACAAAAUGGCUAUUUUGACCCAGGAAAUUUAUUAUAAGUAAUUUUGUUAUCUGCAAAGGGGCAACCAUAAGAACAUACAGGCAGAAGAUACCUCUUUUCAGCAUCACAAUUGAGAUUGGUGGACAUUGCUUUCUUACUGGAUUAUAUUGUGCUUUUAUAAUUACAGCACAUAAACCUUUUUGUUAGAUUUUACAUGGCUAUAAAUCUCAUGGAGCUCAAAUUCAAACCUUAUGUUGAAAUUAUACUGACAAUCAAAUGAAGUUCCUUAAGGCAGGUAUAGUUGAACAGCAAAAUGGUUCAGUUAAGCCAAGUUAGCUCUUUACAUAAUUCAAGGUGAAUUCACUUCCUUUUUUUUUCUUUUAUAUGGAGCAUUGUAGCCUUUAGCCUAGUGAGUUAUAUUGGUCUAGCAAAUACCCACUUUUAUACAGUCGACAUUUAUUUGCCAAAGAAUAAUGUAUUUUAUGAUCCUACCUAAAAAGGAUCCCAGGGUUUUAGAAUAGGGUAUAAUGAUGCAAGAGUUGCUAACAUCUUAGCAGAGUGAAUUGUAACUUUAGUAUAAAAUUGUAUAAAGCAUAGCAUACAACUUCUAAGUUUGUUACUGGCACGAUUUUAUAAUCUGUAAAUGUAUUAUAAAGUAUUUAUGUAAUAAGUUCUUUAGUUUAACGAAUUAAAUCUGGUUUCUCUUUCAUGGUCACAAUUAUUACAUGUAAUAUACUGCUUUGUUGUCCAUAUAAGCCAUUCAUACAUUUUAAUAUUUAUGUUCUCAUUCAUGUUAUUCAUUCCUUUUACCCUGAUCUUUGUAAAUAAUGCUAUAGACAGAAUUUAAAUUAGUACUCUAUUAAUUUGUAUAUAUUAGUUUUGUGCCAAAUUGUUGUACUUUAUGGCUCCCAUGCCUCUUUUGUUCAGACUUUUUCUGUUAUCUUAUAAGAUGUUAGUUUAGUAUUUUUUUUUCAGCAAUUUUUUGCUUGAUGUAUAUUAUGAACUUGGUUGUAUAACACCAUCAGCUGGGGAUAAGAUAAGGUACAUUGACAGAUUUUUUAUAAUACAAUAUGUUGAAAUAUCCUAUCAGUUUCUUUAUUUUGAAGUUCACUGAAUUCAAUAGAAAUGGUGAUAUUUGAUGAACCUUGUCAUUUUUAUGAACUUUAACUUGAAAGUUUUGUCUGGUAACUUGAAAGUUUUGUCUGGGAUUAGUAUAUCAUUGUUACUUUGAUAAUUAUAGAGCCUAACCCAUGUCGUUUUUCCCUUUGAAGACAUACAAACCUUUGAAGACAUACAAACCAUCCAUCAGUACUUGACAAUUGUUGCCUUCUUGUCCCUUUCUGAAAAUCUAAAAAGGGGGCUGUUGAUGUACCCAUUUCUUUGUUUACAAUUCUGUGUCAGAUUGAUAAGUGACAUUCCAUUAGGAAAUUAUGAAAACAGUACUUCUAGAUCUGGAACAAGGAAAAACUCCCAGCUUUGUUUAAGUUCCCUCCUUUGAACAGCUUACUGUUAGUUUUUUCUAUUAUAGUUCUUGUAUGCUUCAAAUGACAUUUGGAUGAAACCUUGAUUACAGUUGUAUUGUUUGUAAUGGUGCAUUUCUCAAAAAAUUUAUAAAUGUUGAUAGAUGAUUAAUUGGUAAAGUUUUUUUUUUUUAAUGAGAAUUGAAGAAAAGGGUCAUAAGGUUUAAAUACCACUAUGUGCAGGUGCUCAUUUCGUUUGAGAUGUACUUGAAAGGGAUCUGAAAACAGAUAAUUCUGGCACAUGUCAUAACAUGAUGUAUUCUUGAAGAUAUUUUGAAAUCUGUUAGCAUAGCUCACAAGGCUUUUCAGUAGGUUUAGCAUAAAUACUUUGACCUACAGUUUAGAGAUGUUGGUUUUGCUCCUCUAAGGUAAGCAAAUUUCACUGAUUAGUUUAACUCCUAGUUACAAUAUAUAUAUAUAUAUAUACGUAUAUAUAUUUUGGUUCAAAUGGUUUUUCUGUAAUAAUUUUGUAUGUUAUCAAUAAGUUACAACCUUUUAACAUUUUGACAAUUGGAUAAAUGGCAUCUUUUGUAACAUUUCCAUUAUUGAUUUUUUUUUUUCUAAAACACUCCAUUCAUAUUUGGCUGAAAUGUAGAUAAUGGGACAAUUUUAAUUGUUAGUGUUUACAUGCAUUCUUUAUGUACAGAGACAGGGCCAUGUGGGCUAUUCAUCGAGUACCCAUGGGUCAGACAAGUGAGACCAAUUUGUAAAAUGGAAUAAAUUAGGCUUCAUAUAUCAAAUGGUGAUAGUAACGGUUAGCAGUGAUAAUUUUUUAAAAAUCUUUUAUAACAUGUUUGAGAACUCAUGUUGUUUAUGUAUAGAAUUGGUAUGCCAUAUGCUAGUUAUUUUUGUUGUACACAUCUUUCCAAGUACUGUAAUUUUUCACAAAUGCAGAACAAGGGGAGAUGUUUAGUAAAAAUACUGUACAUGUGUCUCUCUUGAGGUUAGUAUCCAUCUUCUAUGUUAGGUGCUCAAGUACUGCCAACUUUUUUUUUAUUAUAUACAUUUGCAAGUUGUAGGUAGGUUUUCUAUAGGUUCAGGGAGUUAGCCAGGUAGCAUCAUCUAUUACACAGCUGACAUUGAUAAAAUAAUAUUUCAUAGAUGUUCACAUAAAUGUUUAUGCUUUUAUUUUUCUUGUAUUUUGACUAAACAACUUUGGCUUGUAAGAUCUAAGUUAUAAUAGUUAGAACAGUUGUUUUAAUAGUUUUAUCAGGGUUAUUAGGUCAGCCCAAGUUUUUCAAAAUACAAUUUAAAAAAAAAAAAACUUAUAGGUUAUUUACUUUAGUCUUUCAUGCACUUUACUAUGACAAAAACUCAUCAUCACAAGUAAUUAGUAGACUUCAUGGAAUGAAGAACCUAAUUAAGGAUGAAACAUGUUAUACCAAACAUGUUAUGUUGCAUUUAAACGUCAUAAGAAAGGACUGCAGAGCCAGAAAUUAUGAAUGGUAGUAAGUUAAUGGUCUUCAGAUACUAGAAAGUAUAAAUAGUCUUCACAAAAGGGGGAGGGGGUUCGGCUGGAAUAGUCAAGUUUAAUUGAAUGUGUCCAUUGAUGAACAUGAAAAAGUAGGUAAAAGAAUACAACCUUUGAAGAAUAUGGCAAGAUAGUUAAGGUAGGAAGCAUUGGACCACUAAGCACAGAUAUUAAGUAUAUAAUAUAAUGCUAGAAAAGACUAAUGACAGGAGUACAGACUUAUACAAUGACUUAAAUAAUGCUUUUGAACUAUUAAUUGAAUUGAAUGUCAAGAGCAGUGAUGUUACAUCCAACAGUUUUUAUUUGAGCCUGACUAAACAGUUAGAUAGGGAAAGGUUCAUAAUGUAUAUCUUGUCUUCCUAAAAAUCUUACUGAUAGGAAGCAUUUAAAAAUAUUGUAUUGAAGUUUGGAAACAUUUUUGUAAAUUAUAUUAUGUAGCAAUAAUCUGUGGAAAUAGCAGAGUCUGGGAAUGUUUUCAUGAAGUCACCUGUUGAGUAUUAGGUUAAAAAGACAAGAGCACCCGCACCAACCAGAUUUUAAACCUUUAUAGAAUAAUAUUUUUUCAUUAAUUUAGGCAUUAAAAUCACUUGAGUAAAAUGUUGUGAAGUCCAGUUAAGAAAGCAAGGUAAUGAUUUCAUGAAGACUGGUUUUCCCAAGAGAAGUAGCUAUAUCAUUGUGGAAGCCCGAAAGUAAGUUGAAAAUUGUUCCCAACUUUUGGAAGCUAUGUACCUUAGUAAAUGGGAAAAAAAGAAAUUGAAAUUAGGAAUUAGGUUUGUGAAAAUAUAAGGAAUUUAAAUGUUUUUUUUUUUUUUUUUCUUUUUUUUUUUUUUUACAGAAUCAGGUUCACAUAGUAACAUAGUAAAAGAGGACAUAUUUUGCAAAUGCACAAUAGCCCAGAUGUAAAUAAUCAGGAGAUAUUUGACUAUGUGGUAGUGAAGGUGCUUUUUCAAAGGUGUUAAACCACAACCUUGUCCCAAGUCCAUGUCUAGAAUAUGUUCAUAGCAACUUUUAGUCGUUCAAGUCUCCAUAUUUGCAUUUUUCGAAUGAAUAAUUCCGUUUUUUAUUUAUUGCAAAUUUUCAUACGUCACUCCAAAUUCCAUUUAUUUAACAUUGCUUCCACCCUCAUCCUUUUGUGAAUUUUUUGUCUUUAAAAUUUUUUUUUAUUUAAAAAUAUUUCAAUGUGGAAACUUUAUUUAGUAGAGUAGUAUAGUAGUUUUUUCUAUUAUUUCUUCCAUCUUGUUAAUAUUGUUCUACUUUCCCAUAUUAGAAUUAUGUCUACUAUCCAAUUUUAGAAACUAUAAAAGCUAUGCCUUUGUGGUAUACAGACCUUUGUCUUACAGCAGGGGUUAUGUUUCGGCACUAACUGGAGCAAUUAUUAAAGCUAUUGUUAAUAAUGUAUAUGUCCAAAAUACAGGUCUCUGAGGUGACAUGCACAUUACAUGUGUGUAACAAUUUGUGAUUUUGAUCCACAAUUUUAUGUUCUUUCAGGAGCAGAGAUUGUUCUGGAGUACAAGUUGGUUGCCAUUACAGUGGUUGAAACAUAGCUUCAAAAAGAUUAAAGGGUUAUGCCCUGUCCACACAGUUGAACUUUGCCUGACAGACUUUGUUCCAUGUAGCAUCAGAAGUGAAAAAACUGCAGAUAAGGUUCUGACUUUUCCUGCUUCCGACGUCACAUCAAACAAAGUCUGUCGGGCAACGUUCAACCGUGUGUACGGGGCUUUAGGGAAGGCUAUUGCUAAUUUGUUGGGAGGUAAUACACAUCCUUUCACUUGGAGUCAGUAUUGCCUUCUUCCAGUACCUUAUGGAUAUAGACCUCUGGCUCAAUACAUUGUCUGGUUUUUCUUUUGGGGGAGGGCAGGGUAAAGUUCCAAAAUGUGUUAGUUUUGGCAGAGGGACCUGAUGUUGACGAGAUAUGACAGUGUAUGCAGCCACUUUUAUAAUCAAAUUAAUUGAAGGAAGUCUUCUGUUAUCAAACAGAUUGGUUAUGAACUCCAUGCUUUUCCACAAAAUGCCCAUGGCACCUUUAUCCACCAAAUGGUAACCUUCAAGGUGCCAGAUAGUGUCUUGAAAAGUAACCACAACCAGGUCUUCGGGAUCAACUAUGCCAUCGACAUCAGGAUUGGGAUUAGGCUGGCUUCCAAAUCCCAAUUAGGUGUCCAGCACCCUUCUUUCUCUGUUGGAAAGAAUGGAGGGCCUUUUCAGAUCUCCCCAGCUCAAAAGACAGGGAAGGUGGAGGAGGGAGGAUAAUGAAAAUGGCAGUUCUCUUUCCCUGUUGCUAUUUUUUAUGGUGUCCCAGUGGGAAAUGUGGCAGCAACAGGGUGGCGCUAUGGUUAGUCUCUGCCUUGCAGGUGAAACUAUUUUAUGCUAGCUCCAAGUAGUUUUUUUUUUAAGACGAACAAUACAUAGUUAUUGGCGUCCAUCCAUCAGGACGCCAGGAAAUAAUGCCACAUCGUCUGCCAUGGGACAUAACUUCACUUCUCAAAGUCUGUACUUCAGGCUUUGAACACCCAUGUAAACCUCAGGAAAUACUGCCACUUCAUCUGCCAUGGGAUAACCUUUUGAUUCAACCAUGUAAACCUCUGCAUGGGUUUAGAUCGGCAUUCACCCAUAUGUAAAUUAAGUUUGGACUAGGAUCAGCCAAUGGCUGAAGAUGAUCCUGGUUUCUUCAGAUGGGCAGGAUCUUUACAUACUUCUGACCUUUUAUCACAAUUAAGAGCACCAGUGAAAUGUAAGAAACCUGCUCUUCAGUCCAGAUAAAGAAUGAAAUACAGGAAAUACAGGGAUAUGAGGAUGGAUACAGCAAAAGCAAGAAUUUUUCCUCAAGCUCUCCAGUCAGCAAACUCAGGUGGCUGGAAGGCAGUUUCUGUCCCAAAUGGAACCACUGGCUUAGCUCUGGUAGGUCAUGCUCAGUUGUCCCUGGAAAAGCUUGUGCAACAGGGAACCUCAACUUUGCUUAAUGUAAUUGCUACCUGAAGAAGCAAUGAUUCCCUUUUUUGCAUUUCCCCUUAUCUUUCGCCCCACAUCUAGGAGGUGAGGGACAAUCUGGAUAUGGGACGAAUGAGAGGAACCUUUAGUGAGGGUGUUCUACGGAACUCUCCUUCUCCGGAGAUGGUCAUAUUCUUAGACAAUUGAGAAAGGGAUGAGAACCUGGUUCACUCUCGACAUGGUGCGGAAAGUCACGUAAAGCCUUUGGUGCUGUUUCUGAAUAGCCACUGGUUCCAUGCAACGUAAAAACACCAUAUAAGCAAACAAAAGGGCUGUCUGAGCUUUGGGGACCAUCGUUAUAGGUCUCUUUACCACUUAGCUGAACAGCCUUGUAUUCUGCUUGAAGAAGCCUUCCAACAUUCCAAGGAUCUUGUGUAUGUCUGCCUUACUGCCACUCACCCCAAUUUUCUGAGUGAACAAUUGUGAUCACUCCUGGUCUCAGGACCACACUCAACUACUACUUGUAAGAGGCAGUCUUCCAAGACUUCUUCCUAUUCUUUCACUGCUCUGAUGAGGAAGGGAAGGCCAGGCAGAAACUGUCCCAGCAGAAGCGCAAAGAACAGAGAAGGGGGUGAUGCUGACAGAACCUCCAAACCUUCUUGGCCUCUAUUCAUGUCUUUUAUGCAAGGUGUGGACUAAUAACCACUAAUCAUAAAAUAGAACAAAGGUCAAUUGUCAAAAUUUCAUAUAUGUAUAUGGCAAGGUUAUGCACUUUAUUUUUUCGGAAUAUAAACAAACUCUUACCACACUCCACAAACAAGCCAAAGCUCCAACUGUACAUUUGCCAAGUAGGGUGGCUGAAGCAAAAGUGGUGCUACAUAACCAAGUGGGUGGGUUUCCUCGCUCAUCUGUUGCUAUUAACCGUUACUAAGCUUCAACAAAUGAAAAAGCUUUUGCCAAAGAUAAGCCAUACAAAAGACAAAGGUCUGUAUUACAGUUUGAAGCAUUUUCCCUUUUGAUACAAGAACCUUCAACUAGUUUCAACUGAAACUACUGCUAUAACUUUAGAAAAAUGGAAUCUUCACCGCUAGUUUCAACAACUGCCUUAACAAGUGCUGAAAGGUAACUCCACCUGUAAGACUAAGGUUUGUGUAUGUGAAAAAUGGAAUUUAAAAAAAAAAUUGCAAUUUUGUUUUAUAUAGGGACAGUUUCUUCUUGAUAGGUUAUUCACACAUUGUUAAGGGGCUCAAAACUUGAAAAUUAUAGGAUUUUCUUUCUGAUUUUGAGAUGAUGUAAAACCACAGAAACACAAACAGCCACAAAAUCUGUUGUGACCCAAAGUUUUGUUAACAUUAGGAGUCAAUAUAUUUUCUUAUGCAAACCAGCCCAAAAGCUCUUAAUGUUAUCCAUGGUGAUUUGUCUUAAGUAGACCUGCAAAUAUGUUUACAUUUCUCAAAAGUAUAUUUUUUAGCUCUUGCCUCUGCUUUGUCACCAACUGAUGGUAUAAGUGUAAAUCAAGUUUAUACAUUACCUAAAUAUGUACCUGGAUUGUUAAUAGUGUAGUACACAAAUUUAUGCUAUCAAGUUCAAAGGCCACAAAUGUGUGACAAACUUUCACGUACAGACUGAAAAGACCUUGCAUAUAUUUACCGAUAUCAUCAGUUACAGUACCUCGUGUCUUCAGAGAAUAUAAGACCAGUGCAUAUAUUGUCAUUGCAAUCGAAAUUUGUGGAUUGUAAUAAAAUUUUCAAUUCA